UGGAAGACAAAGGCGAACCAGGAGAUACUUUCGAUGGGAUCAAAGCAUAUUUAGAGACAUAUCAUCCAAAGAUCGUUAUCUUUGAGAAUACCAUGAACGCGCUCUGGAUGGCUGAGAAGGUUGCGAACUAGAGGGGCAAAGAAGAUGAAAAGAACAUUCGUGGGCACAUGGAGCAGGCCGGAUUCUACAGCAAGAUGGAUAUGAAAAUCCACUACUUUCUACACACUAGAAAUAACGGUUAGGCCAUUGGUAUCCGGCGACACUGCCUCCCAGAGGGUGCACUAUGGAUUGCCCUAGAAGGAUAAUGUCCACCUAUGAUCCCAGUUACGUAUCAUGACAUGGAUAUGGGUAUGAAGGUGAUGGUGAAGACUUCGCUGCUUCUAGGUAUGGCUUCGGCUGAAGGGCGAUGCCAAGACCAAGCCUUCGUUGGAGUGUCUGGCCAAAAUUGGCUGGGCCUCUGCCACAUCAGGUCUCUGACGACCUCUCUAUUUUCCUUGCGCUUGGUGCUCAUGGCUUUGGCCGAGUUCACCUGGGGAUCAAUUGCUUGGCUUAGGGACUGGAUACGAACCUGCAUCUUACACCUCGGAGCUCGUUUCUUCUUUGCUGCGAUGCUUGCUUGGAUCGUGUUGGAUUGGCUAUUUGGGCACCCUUCCCCAUCUUUCUCCCAACCGGCCUGCACAGUGGGUCAAAAACAAGCGAGGUUCUCCUCGCCCCGCCCCCCCUCAAACAUUAACAUCGACUUUCAAUCCAACUCAAUCCAUCCACACACACACACAUACUGUAGUAAGAUCAACCAGGACAACACAAUGGAUAACGCUUCUAAGAAGUCGAAGCUCACAACUGCGGAUAUCGAAACCCUCGUUGCCGUUGCCCAAAAUGACUUGCCGGACGAGCAAAUGGAAGGUAUCUUCAACAACGCACAUGACGGCGAAGAAGACCCAACCAACCGAGGUCUCUUCAAAGUCAUCACCACUGCGCGACUUCUCAAGAUGAGGGGCGUUGAUAUGGACACCAUUGAACGCCUCCACAGACACCGUGGUUCUAUUUCCACCACCAUCCAUAAAGAGAAGCAUGAAGCCCUGUAGCACCCCCUCGGUCUAUUACGACAAGCUAGCGAAAACCUUGGAUUUGUGGAAGGAUUCUAUAGUCUAAUGCUG